AUGUGGAAGCACUUGUUCUCCCACGUGAAUAUCCACCCCAACAACGUUAACAUCCUCAACGGCAACGCUGCGAAUCUGGAAGCAGAGUGUGUAGCUUAUGAGGCUAAGAUCAAGGCUGUCGGCGGCAUAGACCUCUUCCUAGCUGGGAUCGGCGAGGACGGUCAUAUCGCGUUCAACGAGCCAGGUUCCAGCCUCGCCUCGCGGACAAGAGUCAAGACGCUUGCCUAUGACACCAUCCUCGCCAACUCCCGCUUCUUUGACAACGACGUCAACAAGGUCCCUAAACUCUCCCUAACCGUCGGCGUGCAGACUGUCCUUGAGUCUCGGGAAGUCGUUGCAAUCAUCCUGGGCGCUAGGAAGGCGCCCGCCCUCCAGAGAUGCAUCGAACAGGGUGUUAAUCACAUGUGGACGCUGUCCAGUUUACAGUUGCAUCCGCAUCCCAUGCUUGUUGUUGAUGAGGACGCAACCUUGGAAUUGCAGGUCAAGACAGUCAAGUACUUCAAGAGCAUUGAGAAGGUGGCCAGAAAGGAGGGCUUUGAGCAGAUUCUUCCCUCCAAGGUCCGCACAGGCCCUGGUCCUAUCCCCAUGACCGUGGUCGACGAGGUGCAGACGCCCUCAAUCAUGCAUCCCCAGCCCACAACCUCUAGUCUGCUAAGAGCUUCCCCGGCAACUGAAUACCCCAUCAGAUCGGCUUCCCCUGACAUUGAGCUGGUCUUCGAAAGCAUGGAAGCCCGCACAAAGUCCCCCACGGAGCAACAGCUUCGUGCUAUAACGCCCGACCUCAUCACCGACAGGAUGGCUGACCGCAUUCCCGAGCCUGCCCUGGCGAGGCGGCUCACACCAAACCCCGAACAGCAGUUGUCUUUCUCGCUGUCGAGAUCAGUAACCCCGGACCUGAUUCCUGACCGUAUGGCCAACCGUAUUUCAGAGCCAGGUAUGGAGCGGCGUCUUACACCCAACCCAGAGCAACAGCAGCUGUCGUUGUCGCGUUCAGCGACCCCUGACUUGGUUCCCGACCGGAUGGCAUCUCGCAUCCCCGAGCCAGCACUUGCGCGGCGGCUGACUCCAAACCCAGAGCAGCAGUUACGGGUGAACGCCGUCGGCGCUUGA